GCCUGCGCUGCAGCCUGAGGCAAUUUUUUUUCACCCUUUUUCCAUCGUCCGGCGCGGCGGGACUUGCCUGAUGGCGGCCGGCUGAGGGCGGCCUAGGCCCGGCUCGGCUCGGCCUUCUCCUCGCGCUGAUGGCCGGCGAAGAGCCGCAGAAGUUCCUGGCGCCCGACGAGCCCGGCGCCGUCCUCUCGCCGCUGCCACCGCCGCCGCUGCGCCACCCGCCUCGCCUGGCCGACGAAGGCCCGGCCUGCCUGGACGUCAGCGACUUCGGCUGCCACCUCUCCUCCUGCCACCGCACCGACCCGCUGCGCCGCCUGCACGCCCACAGAUGGCAUUUAACCUCUUGUGGCACAAGCGUAGCCAGCUCUGAAUGCAGCGAGGAGCUCUUCUCUUCGGUCUCUGUGGGUGACCAGGAUGAUUGUUUCUCUCUCUUGGAUGAUCAGGAGUUAACCUCUUUUGACCUCUUCCCUGAGGGGAGUGUCUGUAGCGAUGUCUCUUCCUCCAUUAGCACGUACUGGGACUGGUCAGACAGUGAAUUUGAAUGGCAGCUGCCUGGCAGUGACAUUGCAAGCGGGAGUGAUGUGCUGUCUGACAUCAUUCCCAGCAUCCCGAGCUCCCCUUGCCUGCUUCCAAAAAAGAAAAACAAACACCGGAAUCUCGAUGAACUUCCCUGGAGUGCCAUGACCAACGAUGAGCAGGUGGAAUAUAUUGAGUAUCUGAGUCGGAAAGUCAGUAUGGAAAUGGGUCUUCGGGAGCAGCUUGAUAUUAUCAAAAUUAUUGAUCCAACGGCUCAGAUUUCACCCACAGACAAUGAAUUCAUUAUCGAACUGAACUGCCUCACAGAUGAAAAGCUGAAACAGGUCAGAAAUUACAUUAAGGAGCACGGCCCUCGGCAGCGGUCUGCCAGGGAGACCUGGAAGCGGAGCAGCUACAGUGGGGGCAGUGCCAGCGGUGUGAGCGGCGUCAGCGCCAGCAGCAGCAGCGCCAGUAUGGUCAGCUCGGCUAGCAGCAGCAGUUCAAGCAUUGGGAACUCGGGUUCGAAUUCCAGCGCCAACCUGAGUCGGGCUCAUAGUGAGAAUAAUUUGUCGACAAGCGCUGCGGAACGUAUUCGGGAUUCAAAAAAACGCUCCAAGCAGCGGAAGCUUCAGCAGAAGGCUCUGCGCAAGAGGCAGCUGAAAGAGCAGCGUCAGGCGCGGAAGGAAAGGCUGAGCGGCUUGUUCCUGAACGAAGAGGUCUUGUCGUUAAAAGUGACCGAAGAGGACCACGAAGGAGACGUGGACGUCUUGAUAAGAACGACAAAGGGGACCACGUGACCUUGGGACACCGCAGUGGUUCUAAGUACGAGCCAGUGGCCAAGCAUCUGAAUUUCGAUCACAAGGACCAUGAGACUGCUGCAACGGUCGUAACUCUGAAAAAUGGCGGUAAGUCACUUUUUUUCAGUGCCCUUGUUAACUUUGAAUGUACAGAUCUGCAUUACUAUUGGAUUAAUUUGUUCAAAUUAAAUCUUCUCCUUUUAUUCAUCUGAUUGCAUCCGACCUGUUUUGAAUUCAAACUAGCAUUAUACAGUUGCCUAUUACAUCCUAAAGCCAAGCAUAGAGGUAAAGGUAAAGGUUCCCCUUGCACACAUGUGCU